CAACUCUUCCUGUCAGAGAUGUGGUUGCCAUGACAACUGCUGAAUCACUCCCCACCCAGUCUGCAGCCUUCCUCUAAUGUCAUCUUCCUAUGCAGCAUGGACGUCCACCAUACAGGCCCGAAUUAGUGUGCAGAUUAUCACAGCAACCUGCUGAUACAUGUUCUUUUUCCUGAGGAGUUGAGCAGCAAUCAGCCUGAUGGGUAACGUACCCACUACAGUGAAGCACUGCCUGAGCUAUAAGCAAGUCAUCGAGGAAUACCCUUGGUUUAGAAGCUGGCUGCAGGAAGAGAAGAUCAUUACCAAACAUGUCUAUCCAGAGUUUGUGAAAAUUGUUGAAGUUGGGCCAAGAGAUGGACUUCAAAAUGAAAAGGAAAUUGUUCCAACAAGGGUGAAAAUCCAGCUGAUAGACAUGCUCUCAACUACAGGUCUGUCUGUGAUUGAGGCCACCAGCUUUGUCUCUUCAAAGUGGGUACCGCAGAUGGCAGACCACACAGAUGUUGUCAAAGGAAUCCAGAGAGUGCCCCAUGUUCAAUAUCCUGUUUUGACUCCUAACAUCCAAGGUUUUCAGGAUGCCGUUGCAGCGGGUGCCACGGAAGUGGCUGUGUUCGGGUCGGCUUCUGAAACCUUCUGCAGAAGAAAUAUCAACUGUUCUAUUUCUGAAAGCAUGCUGCGGUUUGAGGAGGUCAUUAGUACUGCCAAGGAUCGACAAAUCCCUGUUCGUGGGUAUGUUUCUUGUGCCCUUGGGUGUCCCCAUGAGGGACCCAUCGAACCAUCGCAAGUUGCUGAGGUAGCAAAAAAGUUGUAUGAAAUGGGCUGUUAUGAGAUUUCCUUGGGAGAUACUGUUGGUGUUGGUACUCCAGGCUCCAUGUUCAAGAUGCUGCAGAAGGUGAUGAAUGACGUCCCGAUCAGUGCUCUUGCCGUUCACUGCCAUGACACUUAUGGUCAAGCACUUCCUAACAUCCUUACUGCUCUUCAGAUGGGAGUCUCUGUGGUGGACUCUGCAGUAGCAGGCCUCGGUGGUUGCCCCUACGCUCAGGGUUCAUCUGGCAAUGUUUCAACAGAGGAUGUUCUUUACAUGCUCCAUGGCAUGGGCAUUGAAACUGGAGUGAACCUUGACAAAGUCAUAGAAACUGGUGACUUUAUAUGCAACGCUUUAGGUCGCAGGACAAACUCCAACGUGGCUCAGGCAAGAAGCAGGACACUUUGAGGAUGCUAUGCACAUUUAUAUAACACUUGCUUUUUAAGGGUGUAUUCUGUUGUUUUUCUUUUCAGAUCUGUUUUCUGCACCUUUGUAUUUGAAUUUAUUGAUUCUUGUUUUUCAUUUAACAAAACUUCUGACUGCUAGGACCUUGAUAGUGUUCAGAACCAGUCCAAGUUGUUAUGGCACCCAAGGUAGAAAGUUGAUCUAUGGGCUCACUCUACCACCUUCCACAGCAUCACUGAGCAUGCUUGUGCUGUGCCUGGUCGUUUAUUCGUCUUGCAUUAAUUACAGCUAAUGUUAACAUUAACCAGAGUGCCAGUUUCUGUUGAAAUGUCCAAGAACAAAUGUUUGCAUCAACAUGCUACAAGGGAUACAUGCUACCACUUCUUGGGAGCAUACUGUGACAAUUCACAGCAGUACUAACCAAUGGGUUAAAGUAUUUCUUUUCCCUGCUAGAUUGCAGCUACAAUCUAAACCACCAAAAGAACCCAAUAAUUUUUGCUAAAAAUGAAAGAAUCAGAGCUCCUUUACUGUUUUUGUUUUCUUUAUCCCUGAUUGAAAUAACUGUGAUCAUACCUGCUAUUUAUUUUUGUGUCUGUCUUGCCAAGUUGCAAUAUAUAAUAAAAAGAUGCUAUCUAAAAAGACUGGAUUGAUAUUAUCUAAAAUAGAUCACAGCAGUGUAUGUUUAUUCUGUGCAGGGCCCUUUGAAAAUCAGAUAAGAGAAGAUUCGAGAGGAGGAGCUCCAACAAAGUUAUGUUUCCUGUGGUUGAAGUGUGUAGAUGUGUGACGUUUACAACCAUUAAUCAUGGAAAUUAGAUCCAUUUAAAUUUUCAGUCAUUCAUUUUAACUGUUUUGUCCUCAGAGUUGAAAGAUGAUACAACAACAACUGAGCACACAAACGUAAGUUCAAUUUAUCCAGAGCUGCUUUUGGGAAGUAUUUCUAUACGUGCUGCAUUUUUACAACUUAUCUCCAUGGUGCUUCCAGUCUUUUUGUACUCUAGAUUAUGUAAUUUGAAAUUUCUCCAAAAUGAAUAAAUUGAAUGUUUUAUCAAAUGUCACCAAUAGUUUAUUCAGCUGUGCCUAAAAAAAUAUUAUGGACCAUUUUCAAAUAAUUAGGUUUUUGUCCAGGAGGAGUGAAUGCUGUAAGUCAGUGACCUGAAGCAUCCUGCUAGAUUUUCUCAGACUUUUUUUAAACUAAAUUGAAUAAUGAACUGAAUUUAAUGCACUCCAUGUUCAAUAAGUAGAAUUAAUUGGAAUAUACAGUAUGUAUGAUUGAAUUGAAAUUACAUUUUUUGUGAAGUGCCUUAGGAUGAUAUGCUGUGAAUUGGCUUGAUACAAAUAAACUGAAGUAAAUUGAA